GGCAGCGCGGGGAGCGCGCGGUGCGGGCGCCAGUCUGUGCCUGGGCGCGACGCGAUCCGCGCGUCGUUCGAAUUGUGAAACAUGUCCGCGAACGGGUCGGCGGCUACAGAGCCGCGGCUCUGCCACGUGCGGAAGACGCCCGACUUUGACGGCUAUGGAUUUAACCUACACGCCGAGAAGGGCAAGCCCGGCCAGUUCAUAGGCAAGGUGGACGAAGGCUCCCCGGCGGAGCACGCGGGCCUAAAGCGGGGCGACCGCAUCCUUGAGGUGAACGGGCACAGUAUCGCUGGCGAGAGCCACAAGCAGGUGGUGGCUCGCAUCAAGGAGCGCCCCGAGGACGCCGAGCUGCUGGUGGUGGCGCCUGCGCCGGGCGAUCCGGUGCCGGACCUGGACGCGCCUGCGCCCGAGGCGCCCGAGGCCGCGGCCACAGACAGCGCGCAGCCUACCGAGCCUCCGCGGCUCAACCUGCAGAUGACGGCGGCGGAGAUGCGCGCGCACCUCGCUGCCAAGAAGAAGUUUGACCCUAAGAAAGUGCCCAUGGACCUCAAGUCCAAGUUUGACAUCGUCAAGAAACUGUGAUGUGUGUGUUGUGAGGUCGCGUGCCGGUGUUGUGGUGCAGUGCGGAGGGCGCGGCGCCGCUGCCGCUCCGCGGCGCGCUGUUGCCAGCCCGCGCCGAGCGAGCGCAUGAAUUGGAACAAUGACAUCGAUGGCGACGCAAGCGCAGGUUGUUCGUGCACCGGCCACCACCCCGUGUUGUACAAUUAAUGUAAAUUUGUUUUACCACGUAAAUUAUGUUAUAUAAUUUAUAGCGUUCUAUAAAAAUUGCCAUUGAAUUGAAUAAAGUGUUGUUGUAUAUAUUUACUAGCCUAGUUGCUUAGCCGCUAUACAUACGUUUAUAGUACAUAGGGAUGAACCACUGUGUGUAAUUUAUUUUAUGAAUUCAAAUUUACUUUGAUUUUUAGUAAUUGAUUAUCUAAAUGUGUAGCUAGAGUUACUCACGUACUCGAGUGUGAAUAUUGUUUAAUUUUAUUAUCAAUAAAAUGAAUUGAAAGCAA